AUGGGUAGUACUGGCUGUGUUUUUCUGCCCGAAGAUGUGAUCUUUGAAAUUUUGAUGCGUCUCCCAGUUAGAUCGUUGUUGCGUUUCAAGUCUGUAUGUAAGUCAUGGUAUAAACUCAUCAAAAGCUCUGAUUUCAUCUAUCGCCAUGCAGAUAAGCUAGAUAUAAAAUCCAAGUUAGGCACCUUCAUCUGCCAACGCCACACAUUAGAUCAGUUUUUCUUUCUUUCCGGUGAUGAAAGCUUGGAUGUAUUCGAAGAUCUAGGUAAGCCGCCAUGUUUUAAUAAUAAGGAAUCUGAUGAUUCUCGAGGAAUAAUGGUAGCAUCCUGUCACGGGAUAAUAUGCAUACAUGAUAAGAAAGCCAAGGAUAUUGGUCUCUGGAACCCUGCUACGAGACAAUUCAGACUUCUCCCAAAACCGUUAAGUAAUGGAAAUUUACAUGAGGAUUUUGUUGGCUUCGGAUUGGACGUCGAAAACAAGGAUUACAAAGUGCUGCUGGUCACGUCAUACAAACAACAGGGGUGGACGCACAAAUACCCUUUAGAUUGUGCUCGUAAAGUUCAAAUUUACAGCCUUAAUACUGAUUCUUGGAGAUGGAUAGACGUGGAUCUGCCUACCCAUUGUCCAAGUCUAUAUGAUUAUAAGCAAGGACUAUAUCUGAAUGGCAAUUAUUUCAUCUUAGGCGUCGACUACUGUUACCCAGAUGUAUAUAGUGAUUUGGGGAUACUUUCAUUCGAUUUUAACAACGAGAUAUUUAGAAAAUUUCCGGCUCCAGCUGGUAGUAACGUACCAGGCUCUCGUCUGACCCACUUAUAUUCAAUAGGUGAUAAACUGGCCUGCACAAAGGAUCGUGACUGCGAUUUCUUUGAAGUAUGGGUUCUGAAUGAUUACAAUAUGAAGGAGGAGUCUUGGGCUACACUUUAUACUAUCGGACCCUUGUGGGAUAGGAGGGUUCUGAAUGAUUACGAUAUGGAGGAGUCUUGUGAUAAACUUUACAGUAUCGGACCCUUGUGGGAUAGUCCCUACAAUCCCCCAUUUGCGUCUACAAGGAAUGGCGAGUUUGGACUUUUAAUGGUGGCUGAUGGUAUGCCAAUAUACAACUUUGCUACGGGUCAAAGGGAGGAUCGCAAUUUAGGUAAUGUGUGCAAUGCUGAGCCCUACAAAGAAAGCCUCGUUUCAAUCCAUGCACGUAGCUAG